UCUUUGUGGCUAUCCUCCACGAAUCUUUUGAGGACGUGGCGACAGAAGAAGGCUCCAAAAUAGCGAUAGUUUUGGCCUCUAAGAGGCCUGAUUUACUGUAAAAUACGAAUUGAUAAUCAAAAUGGUUCUUCUCGCUGCAGCAAUAUGCACCAAAACAGGGAAAGCUAUUGUGUCACGUCAGUUUGUAGAAAUGACACGAUCACGUGUGGAGGGUCUUCUCGCUGCAUUUCCAAAACUGAUGAAUACUGGAAAACAGCACACGUUUGUUGAAACGGAAAGUGUCAGAUAUGUGUACCAGCCACUUGAGAAACUCUACAUGCUUCUCAUCACCACUAAAGCCAGCAACAUUUUAGAAGAUCUAGAGACCUUGAGAUUAUUUUCUCGUGUGAUUCCAGAAUACUGCAAAGUUAUGGAAGAAUCUGAGAUAGUAGAGAAUGCGUUCUCACUUAUCUUCGCUUUUGACGAGAUUGUUGCUCUUGGCUAUCGCGAAAAUGUAAAUCUUGCACAAAUCCGAACAUUUACUGAGAUGGACAGUCAUGAGGAGAAGGUGUUCCGUGCUGUGAGAGAGAACCAAAUGCGUGAAGCCAAAGAAGAGAUGAAAAAGAAGGCAAAAGAGUUACAGGCUGCCAGAACAGCUGCCACAAAAGGCAAAGGUUUCAAAGGAAAUAUGGCAGGAUUUGGAGGUUUUGGUGGUGGAGGUCGUGAUUCAGCUGUCCCUGUGGUUAAUGAUGUUACUGUUGUUGAUCCUACACCUCCAAAACCAUCUUAUCCCACAAGAACGGCUGGCACUGGAAAGGCAAUGAAGUUAGGAAGUAAAUCAAAGGAUGUUGACAGCUUUGUGGACAAGUUGAGAUCAGAGGUCCAGUCAACAUUUUUAAAAUUUACUAUUGUGUCACGUCAGUUUGUAGAAAUGACACGAUCACGUGUGGAGGGUCUUCUCGCUGCAUUUCCAAAACUGAUGAAUACUGGAAAACAGCACACGUUUGUUGAAACGGAAAGUGUCAGAUAUGUGUACCAGCCACUUGAGAAACUCUACAUGCUUCUCAUCACCACUAAAGCCAGCAACAUUUUAGAAGAUCUAGAGACCUUGAGAUUAUUUUCUCGUGUGAUUCCAGAAUACUGCAAAGUUAUGGAAGAAUCUGAGAUAGUAGAGAAUGCGUUCUCACUUAUCUUCGCUUUUGACGAGAUUGUUGCUCUUGGCUAUCGCGAAAAUGUAAAUCUUGCACAAAUCCGAACAUUUACUGAGAUGGACAGUCAUGAGGAGAAGGUGUUCCGUGCUGUGAGAGAGAACCAAAUGCGUGAAGCCAAAGAAGAGAUGAAAAAGAAGGCAAAAGAGUUACAGGCUGCCAGAACAGCUGCCACAAAAGGCAAAGGUUUCAAAGGAAAUAUGGCAGGAUUUGGAGGUUUUGGUGGUGGAGGUCGUGAUUCAGCUGUCCCUGUGGUUAAUGAUGUUACUGUUGUUGAUCCUACACCUCCAAAACCAUCUUAUCCCACAAGAACGGCUGGCACUGGAAAGGCAAUGAAGUUAGGAAGUAAAUCAAAGGAUGUUGACAGCUUUGUGGACAAGUUGAGAUCAGAGGGUACAGAUGUAGUAAGUUCCAAGACAAAAUUAACUUCAACUGCAAAGACCACAACAACACCAUCAGUCCAAAUGGGAAGCGUCCACGUAAAGGUUGACGAGAAGAUAACAUUGACUGCAGGAAGAGAUGGUGGUCUGCAGAACAUGGAAAUCAGAGGUCUUGUACUUCUGAGAGUGGCAGAUGCUCAGUUUGGAAAAAUACGGCUUAGCUUGGAAAACAAUGACGACAAAGGAUUCCAAAUGCAGACACAUCCAAACAUAGACAAGAAGUUAUUCAGUCAAGAAUCCAUAAUAGGUCUCAAGCAACCAAACAAACCGUUCCCUCUUAAUUCUGAAAUUGGUGUGUUGAAGUGGAGACUACAGAGUACAGACGAAGCACUAAUGCCGUUAUCAAUCAACUGCUGGCCUUCAGAAAAUGACGGACAGUGUGAUGUCAACAUAGAAUAUGAACUCCUCCAAGAAAAUCUGGAGCUAAAUGACGUUGUCAUUUCAAUCCCUGUCCCACAUGGUGUUGGUGGACCAGUUGUAGGAGAAGUUGAUGGCGAGUACCACUAUGAUCACAAGCAUUCCUUACUUGAGUGGCAGCUGCCAGUAAUCGACACAUCAAACAAAAGUGGUAGCAUGGAAUUUAGCAUUGCUGGACACCCUGGUGAUUUCUUUCCAGUUUCAGUGACCUUCUCAUCAAGAAAAUCAUACUGUGACCUUAAGAUUACAGAGGUCACUUCAGUCGAUGAAGAGAAGCCUGUCAAGUUUUCACAAGAAGUUGGGUUUUCAGUGGAAAAAUACGAGAUAGUGUAAAGCCUUGCAAUGACUCUGCCUUAAAUGCUGUAACUUAUACCUCCUGUUUGGUGUCUUACAAUGCCAGUGACAAUCUGCACCAAAGGAAUAAUCUUAAAUGCUAACAGACUUGGAGAGAAAUGUCAUAUGCUGUCACUAUUUCAAGUGGCUGAAAUUAGUGCAUGGAGGACUUUACAGGGGAAGGGAUGGUAGAUGAAUAUCUGAAAUACGUGCGUAGUUCUUCGUAUGUUAGAUUAUUCAUUUCUAAGGGAAAGUGACAAGUUGAUGAGAAUCUUGUGUUUCGCAGAAAAACAUCCCCACUUUCCAAAUUUUCACUCGAAUGAUUGUUUGUAAAAUAAAUGGAAGAUCUCCUCUUAGUUAAAAUUAUUUUAGUCUCCUCCCCAACUUUUUUCAGAGACUUGUGACAUUAUUAUUAUUCCCGUACUCCAAAACAAGCUGACACACAGGAAAGACCAACUGAGGCUGUGGGUGUAAAUUAGAGUUUGUACUUUAUUGAAUCAAAUAGUCAGAAACCAACAACUUUUCAGACAAUUUUUUGAUUAGAGAAGUUAAGUUGGAAAGCAACUUCACAUUCCUUAGAGCCAUCUCUUGUCAUACCUAUAUUGCCCUCGAACAUCACACAGUCAUUCUAAGAGCACAAGAAAUGUAUGAGAUUUAAUUCUAAAAUGACUCUAUCUCAGUGUAAGUGAAUGUUGUAGUUAGUCUUGCCAUGCCUGUUGCGUGGUAUUUUUAUUGGGGAAGCAGGAAAUUGACAUCAAUAAUAAAGAGAGUAUUAACAUUGUA